GUCCCUGUUAGGGCGAUGGUCUGGUCCAAAAUGGACGUGUAUGUUCGUGGACGGUUUACCGUGUUCCAGCCAUAGACUGUAUAAAAAUAGGUUGCAGCAGAAAGUAAGGCAAUAUAUUUUGAGAUGAGAUAAGUGAAAUGGACAGUAAAUGUGUGGAAUUACUGCCCCUUGUAUGUUCAGUUCUAGCUGACCCGAAACAAGCACUGUCAGAUGACACGUGCUUAGAAAAAUUUCUGGACUGGUUUAGCGCUUUAACAGCACCUGAUUCUCCAUUACUGGAGAUACAGCCCUGCCUGGUCACAUUCAUAUCCAGUGUGUGUAAGUCAAAGACUGCCGAGCCCAGCAUUCUCUCCUUUGCUCUCAAGCUGACUGGGCUGCUUGCUGCCAAUGAAGAGGGUUUUUACAUCUUAAAGCAACAGAGCAUUUUGGAAAGUGCCUUUGAAUAUCAGGGGUGGAGCGAUUCUUGUCUCUGGGAAGAUGCAACAGUGCGCAGUGGAUGGGCCCAUGGGUUGCACAGCAUGGUACAGCACCAGGAGGCUAUGUGCUUCCUGUUUAGGAAUGGGCUGAUUAAAGUGGUGCUGCAAUUGCAAGUGGACAAAAGUCUAUUUGUUGCCUCCGCAGCAAACCAGCUUUUAGCUCACAUUUUAAACUUCAGUGAGCUAAGGUCCACUUGCACAUCUUUGGGCAAUGGCAGCAGGACUGACCUGAGGGAGGUGUACGAGGACAGGCUCGCCGCAGAAUGCCCUGAGUGGGCCGAUGGGAUCGUGGAGAUCAUGAAGCACGUGGAGGACUCGCUGAUGUCGACUGUCCCUUUCCGUACCCGUCAGUCACUGAAGCUUGUGGCACUGAGUCUCGCCCACUGCCAGCCACGUGUCAGGGAAAUGCUGUGGCAGAGAACUGAGCGGGCUGUUGAGGUGCUUUUGGGAAAUGGUCAAAGCUCUUUGACCCAGCUGUUCAUGGAGGUUCUACAAGCUGCGGCCAGGACCCCUUUAUUCAUCCAGACCAAUUCCAGUAUUGUAACACUGAUUGAAUCUGUGCUGUGCACUUCAAAACCAACACAGUCGAUUCCAUUCGCUGCAGGGAUUGUCCAUCUGGAAAAUUGCCCGCAGAGCUUAAAGAAGAAGGGCAUUGGGGUCAUUCUUCAGCCCCUGGAACUAGUAACAGCAUCAGCUGGUUUACAGCAACUGCACUCAGAUCAUCAUGGCAUUGAAUCUCCCAAAAUAGGCUUGCUCCCAGAAGGUGGCUGCCAGCAUACUUCUCUAGAAGAGCAGUUAUCCCAGAAGAGUUCUUGUGUGUCACUUCUUUGUCUGUCAUUGUCCAGCAUAACACAGCUGGCAGGCACGGGCUCCCUCAAUCUGGAAAUCCCAAUGCAAUCCUUGACCCUGUCAGUACUCAAUGUGCUGAAAUUCUGUGUGGGAAUGUCAGUUUCCUCCUCCCCUAUUAUCAGUGUCUUCAGAAACCUGAUUGGUUGUUCAAAAGUUCAAAAGUGUGCACUGGAUACCCUAGGAAGUCUUUGCCAAUCUCCAGAGAACACAGUGUUCAGGAGUGAGGUAUUUUCUGUUCUUCUACAAUACCUGGACAGUCCUGAUACCAACUCAACUGUUCUACAGAAAGCCUACCAAGUGACCUUGAAGUGGUUGUGUGUAUCUUCUGAACCUCCUCCACAAGUGCUUUUCUCCGGGCUGAAGAAGAGGCUCUGUGACAUGCGAUGGGAAGUGAGAGAUUCUUCUCUCGAGUUCCUCGCUCAGCUCACCUCUCACUUUCACAAGAACCUCGGCUACUGUGAGACCCUUUUAAGCAGUGGAGUCCCUGGUCUCUCAUUAGCCUUGCUGACAGACCCAGAGAGCUAUGUGCGGGCGAGCGCCAUCUUAGCACUUGGACACUCUGUCCUCAUUACCAGCCAAGCGGGUGUCCCAACAUCUGACCAUGUGCUACUGGGAGACCUUGCCAGGCAAUUUGUGGACAUUUUAGUUCAGGACACUGAGGUGUUUGCCAGGAGAGCUGUGAUUAAGGUCUUCACCUUGUGGCUCACCUCUCCAUAUCCUACAGAAGACUUGGAAGAGCCUCUGAGAACUGUGCUGACACAGGGUAGCGAAGACUUGGACUGGGAAGUGAAAGUCCAUACUCUGGAGCUGGCUCAGAUCCUGAUCAGUCAAACCCUGGCAGAGUCCAGUCACUCCACCUGUCCGUACGCAGUUAGCCACGCCCCGCACGCCAAUGUGGAAAACCUCACAGAAUCGCUACGCAAGCUGCAGCACCUCAGGAUCUUUACUGUUCUCUUCAAGGGGCUGUUUGAUUGUGACAGGCCAGUGGCUCAGAGUGCAUGCUCUAUCCUCCUCUCUCUGAAAUCGGCGCUCACCGGAAACUCUUCCGUGACUGAAAGUAAAGUGGCGUGUGAUCUGCACGGACAGAAUUGGGUGGAGGACGCUUUGAAGAAGCACCUUGAAAGACUCCAUGUUGGCGCAGAGUCGCAGAAAUCGAUGGGCUUUGUGGAGGUACUGUCAGUUUUAGAUCUGGAGGAUAUGCAGCAGACCUUAGGACAGAGCAGCGAUCACCUGGAAAACAGCCCCCACUCCCUAAUGGAGGACAUUCUAGCUGCAACUCGCAUAUCAGAGGACAAUGCUUUGGACUGCUAUUAAACUGAAAUUUCUGUAUUUUAUCUUUGUACUUUUUAUACUAGGCUAAAAUAAAUGCAUUUGAAAAAGCUA